AUGAACGAAAUUGUGCAGAAGGUCAUGAUCAAGACAACAAUGCUCAUCCUUCAAAAUGGAACGCAAACCAAUUUCUGGAGACAUGAAUCGCCAAGUGAAACGACGGACAUUGUCUCGAUUUUGAACAUUAGUUCAGACAACAUCCUCAUUUGUUCAAUGGAAACAAGAGUCCGACUGUUGCUACGUUUGAUGCCGCGGAGACACUCUGGAUCAAGUCACAUGUCAAAUCAAAGAGAUUGA